AUGGACAAAUUGUUUAAAAUUGAGCCGUUUCAUAAAUUUUCACAAGUUUGCGAUACCAUCUUAGACAACUUGAUACAACAGGAUACACUGCAAACUUCUCAUGAUGUCCUAAGUGAGGCCACGGGCAAACAAAUACGAGAAUUACUCUGGAGUACUCAUGGUGAUGUAUUGCUUAUAUCCAACAACCUGCUUAGUAUGGGAUUUGAAGAGAAGAAAGUGAAUUAUUUAGUUGGUGAGAUAGAAAAGAAAAAGAGUGAAUUACUUUAUUUAAUAUUGCUUCAUUAUAAGAGUCAACAUGGUGCAACAGUGGUUGCAUUUGAUUGGGCUUUAAAACUUGUUUUUGGGACUAGUGAUUUGAAAACAUUAAGGUAUCCUAUAUUGCAAUUGGCAUUCAAAACUAUAAAUAAUAGUGAUAAGCACGAAGAAAAACUCUGUGAUCUGAAUAAAAAUAUGUUAGCGAAGCUAAUUUCCACACUUGAAAAUAUUGUUUAA